AUGCUUUCAAAUAUGAUCUCAUCAGUUCUUGCGGCCACACUCCUCGGUCUUUCCCAUGCGCAAACCACAACUGUUCCAGUAACUGGUACCUUGGGCAACGCAACCAUCCCCGAAAACAACCCCGUCGGUCCAAUCUACGUCGCCACACUUCCAGAUGCGGAGUUUUUCAACCCCGAUGACCCACGCGGUAACAUUAAAGGUUCUGUGUCUGCGACUGGAAACCCCGAUGGUAUUGGUGUUCAAUUCCAAGUCCAAUUCUCCAAUCUCCCCACCAGCGGUGGACCAUUCAUCUACCACCUCCACGCCCACCCCGUCCCCACCGACGGAAACUGCACCGGCACCCUCGGCCACAUCGACCCCUUCCUCCGCGGCGAAACCCCCUCCUGCAACCUCUCCCUCCCUCAGACCUGUCAAGUGGGCGACCUCUCCGGCAAACACGGUAAAGUAAUCUCAGAUCCCUUCCAAGCCUCCUUUGUCGAUGAAUUCGCAUCGACACUACCGGGUCUGGGCUCUUUCUUCGGUAACCGCUCGUUGACGAUCCACUUUGGAAACGCGACGCGCAUCACCUGUGCGAAUUUCACACUGUUGAAUGGGGUUGUGGGGGGUGACAAUGAGGGUGGGGCGUCGGCGAAUAGUACGAGGGAUGGCGCGAAUGGAACGGCGACUAGUACGGGAGGUCCGUUGCAGAUCACAGGUUCUGGUGCGGCUAGAUUGGGUCUUCAUGGUGGGUUGAUGAUGGUUGUGGGCGUUGCGUUCAUGUUCGCUCUAUAA